AGUGCGCUCGAGUUCCUGGUUGACAUUAAUAUUGAAGAUCGUUCUGUGGACAUCAGGGGAUUUUCUAGCCCUUCCGUCUACUAUGUCCUCCAGAGGCAAAGGUGAGGGGUGUCUGGUGUGUGGGGGUGACCUGCACGGUAACCAACGGCGAUGGCUCUUUGGGGGUCAGAACAAGAAAGAUGGUCAGCCUCAGACCCCAUCAGACUCACCGGGUAGAGGAAGUCUCUCCAGGUCUUCUCAAAGCAGCCCCUGGGGUGAGGUAGCACCAUGUCCCUUGGCUCCACAACGUCUCUCUCCUCACUGUCCUCACCCGCUAAAGCAAUGGACCUUCUCUCUGUGCUGACACACAUACUAGGCCAGCCCGUACCACGGGGCAGUGGGCGGGGGGAGUUCUUGUGUGGCAAAUGCGUUUCAGUUCUAGAGCGGGUUUUCAAGUUUGACUCUGUCAUUUCCAGAGUGAGGGUCUUAUCCUCCGAGAGGCUUCAGAAGUUGAUCCAGGAGAGGGACAAGGUCAGGCAGUGGGUACGUAGCGCUUACCGCCAGCGACACCCUCGGGAUUUCAGGAUGAGGAACAAUACUAGUGAGGAGGAUGGUGAGGGAAUGGGAGACAGAGAGGGUUACAACGAAAUGUUGAAGGAGAACAUGGCCUUGUCAGAGUAUGAGUGCUGGUCUGAGAAAUGGGACGCAUGUCCAUACUUCAGGAGAACGGGGAAAAGAUGCACAAAGGGGAAAAAUUGUGAAGGAUGUGAUUCUCUGAGGGUGUCCGACUCCGCCUAUGAGUCAGUUUGUGGGGUUCCCCGCCGCCUACCCUUCCAACCCUUUCCCCCCUUGGCCCUAUCGAGGAACAAGUCGCAGAGCAUGCCUCUUCAUUGGUCAAGAGUGCCGUCGCUAAGUUCUAGCCCAGCAUCAUUGGCUGGAUCCACUCUCUCCUUACGAGCGUCCUCUCGCACUGAGUCCAUCCAAUCACUGGAUUCACUGGAUUGCUGUGAUCCAUUUGAUUUUCCAGGUGAUUUGUCACUCCUGGUCCUCAGAGAGUUGAAGGGUAUUGAAGGAAAGCCUGUCAAUUCACCUUCGGGGAGUAAGAUUCCCGUUUUGGGAAAGAGGGAAGGGCGAUAUUCAGGAGAGGUAGGUAAGACAUCCCCCCCUGAGGUAACAAGGGUGCUGAAUUUUGGAGAGCGGGAGAAUGGAGGAGAGGAAGUUGCUGGAGAGUCCAAUGACGUUUUGACUGAAUUGAGGGACGAGUUUAUUCCACUACACAGAGAGGUGAGAUUUCUCUUGUAUUCUAUCAAAAUCCAGCAUACCAAAUAACGACAGGAAGUUAUUAUGAGUUGGACCAGGAUUGUUUCCUGACGACAACACUUUGGGUUCCCAUAGCCUAUAAAUGAGCCAUUCCCUGGUCAGGAAAAUAUCUCUGCCCUAAAUGACGAUUUUCCAACAGGUUGCCUUGCCUGUAGUCUGUGGAUCACUCCGUCGAUCACGGAGUAUAAAUAUUUACUUAGUGGUCUGUCAAAAUCAUCUAGGAUCUAUCAUGUCUGUAGCCAGUACAAAGGUCCAACUCUGAAUCUUUUCUUACUUAUAAAUACAGGAAUAGGACUUCAACAGAAAUAAGUGACAAUUUAUGUCUUUCACAAAAUGCAGUUUUCUUAUUUUUUAUUUCAGAGCAAUACAGGCCGAGUGCACCUUGCAGUCAGACAGUUGAGAGGACAGCUUGAUCAAGCUAUGGCACGCAUCAAGACCCUCGAAACUGAGCUUAAACACGGGACCAAAACCAAACCAGAUACCAAUGUCAGUGGACCAAAGGAUUGGAUUAAGUUGUCGCAGAAGGACGGUGGAAACUUGCUUCUGCAGAGUUUGGGGCAUUCGCUGCACAGCAGAGACCGAGUUAUCCAGGAGUGCAUGUGUCUGAUCAGGAAGAUGUGUGUUGAGGUGGGGACAGGGACAGACGUGGCUGACAGACUAACACAGACACUCGCUGACAAUCUGAAACAAACUCUCUCCGACAAUAAGCAAGCCCUGGAGGCUCUGCGCUCAGAGAUGAGUGAGAAGGAGAAGAGGAUGGAGAGCGAGCUGGAGGCACUGCAGAAGGCUGGGAGAGACCGGGAGAAAGACCUCUCCACACUCAACACUGUACUCCAAUGUAACCAGUACAUCAUCAAUGAACUGAGAGUGGAGCUGGUUGAGAAGGAGCAAGUGCAGCGGGAAGGGCAGAAGGAGAAGGAAGUGUGGAGACAGCGGGACCUGGCCCUCAAAGCAGUCCUACAGGAGAAAGAGUCACUUCUCCUCUGCCUGAAGGAGGCGCUAGAGAGCUCUCAGAAAGACAUGCAGGCGCUGUCGGACUCUGUGAUUAGCCAAGGGGUGUCAGGAGGCGGGGCAGUGGGGGCACUGGCCUCUCAGCUGGAGGAGAAGGAGAGCCUGGUGAUAGCCUGGCUUCAGGACAGAGAGGAGCACAGCGCCACCAUGUGCCGGGAGGUCUCCAAACUCACCACCGCCCUUCAGGACUAUCAGGGCAUAGUGCAGGAGCAACAGCAGAAUCAUAGUCAGACGGUGUCUUCGCUGUCAAAGCAACUCAACGACCUGAGGGAGAGCGGGAAGGAGAACAAGGAGGCACAGCGAGCCUGGCGGAGCGAAAAGGAGGACAAAGAGCGGGAGGAGAGGAAAUUGAGGGAGAGCCUGGAGAAGAGAGACGAACUCAUUGAGCAAGUUCUCCUGGAUUCCGAGGAACGGGAUCAUCUACUCAAAGAACUUCAACAGAACCUGCUGAACAAAUUUGAACCCAUGAUUGCUGUCAAACACACAUGAAAAAGACAAAGAAAAUAGUGAGAGAGCAAAAAAAUGUGGAACCAUGAAGGUACAAUGCACAUUUUAUAUAGAUGAGUUGCAUGAACCAGUACUUUCUUGCACCACAGGUAGUUUACUACUAACUAUAAUUAUAUGUAGGCCUAUUGAAAAGGUUGUGUUUUGCACAUUUGCAGUAGUUGAUCUUCCCUUGGCAGGCAAGCCUUGGUUUUUGUGUUAAAAUAAUUUAUGUCCUUUACAAAACUCCUGACUGGAUUUUUGUCAAUAAUGAUAAUGUUAUUGCUCCAUUUUGGCAUCAUUCUUAUUUGUGUAUUCAUAUUCACUGAAUUAAUUGAUGAAGUAUGCUAGUAGUUCAUGUCUGACAUGGACCAAAGUAUAUGUUGAAUUUGCUUAAAUGGUACUCUGUCAAUGAAAUAUAUCAAUACAGACGGUUCAAUCAAAUCCUUUCAUUGACUGAGAGUACUAUUUAUGCAAAUUCAAAAUACACUUUGGUCCAUGUCAGACAUUGACUAACUACUAGCAUGGGACAUAGGGACUAACUACUAGCAUGGGACAUAGGGAAAUGUGUCAUGAGAUUUGUUCAUGUAUCCUUCAGGGCAUAGUGUAGUGCAACCUAAUUGAUAAAUGCUGUCAGAAGGGGGAUUAUUAUUGUGUUGGAUUUGGACCGUUUGAAGUUGCAGUUUCCCAAAAGCUUUCUUUAUUGGUCUCUGUAUUAUUAUUUUUCUGAAUGUGCCAUUUUGGUUAUUUUAUUCAUUCUGCCAUUUUCUUUACACAUUAGCUUACAUCAUACUGCUUGGUAUUUUGAUUGUCAUGAAGGGGUUAAUAUUUUUUACCCCAAAAUAUUUAUUUUGACUUUUUGGGGGGUUUAAUUUUACUACAGAAUGGUUUGAUACAUUUAUUUUUGGAAAAGGUUUCUAAUUUCAUGUCUCUUGUUUUUAUGUUCUGUCUUUUAAUGUUCUGUUUCCUUUUUUCCCAUUUUGUAUUAGACCUACUGCCUGUCUUUUGGGGUUUUGCUGCCAUGUUUUCAUUUUAAGUCUUUGUGAGAUUGAGAAAUAAACCUCACUUUUUGAUCAAAAUGA